UAUGUAGGUGUAGGACGUGCGCGAUAAACAGGGUCGAGUACAUUUUGCUCUCUGGAAAUAUCAGUCUGCGCGCGCCUUUGUAUACACACAACAAAGUGACUCCACUUCAAUCGUCUUAACUCUUAAACUCGCGUUAAUUUCUUUUGUGUCAACAAUUAUCGUGCCAAAAAUGUAUAGUUCGUCAAAUUUUAAGAAAAAAUUCAGUUUUCGCGACCGAGCACACAGUGAUUGUUUGGUAGUUGAUUCGGUGAGCCUGUCUGUUGUUCAGUGUAAUUUAGUAGACUCUUUGCACUGAUUGCCGAUUGUAUAUGGUGAGGUGUAUAGCUCGCGAGUAAAAAGUUAGUCAUCAAUGUGACCAUUGGUGCUUUUGACCCAAAGCAGAUGAUGCAUUUGUUGUCCCUUUUCCUCUACCUCAUGACUGUACUAUUUUGCUAAUGUCUUUCUCCUCAUCUAUACGUGAACUCGUGUAACUCUUCCGACUGGAUAUCCUUUACACUGUCUUGACUGCAUUUAUUGAUAGUAAAUGACGAUAUUCGCGAUCGUGUAAGUAAUAUUCCUUUUAAUGCAGCUUGAGUAUUUUCGAACAAGAUAAAGUUUUCCCAAUUGUCUUCCAUUCAACUAAAAUAUUGAAAGCUGUUUAGUACUGGAAUUGAGGAAUUUAUAACCAUUUGUUGACACAUAAUUGAUUUACAAAUAUGGAUAACAUAAGUGAGUUUGACAUUAAAUUGGAAAAAGAUAUUUAUUAUGCUGGAGAAAUGAUCAGGGGUCAUGUUGUGUUACACACAACUGAAAACUUCAAACUAAGAUCGAUGAGACUGUCUCUACGAAGUCAAGCACACGUUGAAUGGAAAAUUUUAGUCAGUGGAGAUAGAAGAAAUGUAAAGGAUGAUCAAUACUUUGUUGAUGAGCGAAUUGUAGUCUGGGGUCAUGAUACUUCAGACGGUCCUAUUCCAAUUUUACCUCGUGGGAAACAUCAGUUUCCAUUUACUUUUAAAUUACCAGAGAGCUCUUUACCAUGCAGCUUUGAAUCUCGCACUGGCUAUAUUCGUUACUAUGUUAAAGCAACAGUUGAUCGUCCAUAUGCAAGUCCUCCUCAGGGCUUGAAGUAUUUUACAUUAAUUGGGCCCCAUAUAGACUGCAUGGAUGAACAAUACUUGAAACCAAUGAUUGGUACUGAAGUAAGAACAUCUUGUUGCUUUUGUUGCCGUCGAAAUCCAGUAGAAUUAAGUGCUCAAUUAGAACGAAGCGCUUACGUCUGUGGUGAAAGUAUAAAAUUACGAGCUUCUAUCGAUAACAAGGGUGUAGAAAAAGCUUGGCUAAGUGUCAAAUUAACUCAGUACCUCGAAUUUUUUAUUGAACGAGGUGUUCUUGGAACAAGUAGAGAACUUCAAAAAGUAGUUAUGGAAUAUAAAGGAGAACCGGUACCUCCUGGUACAGCAAUAAAAUGGGACUCAUCGAAAAAAAUGAUUCUUCCUGUGUGCCCACCAACACUCGUUGGUGUGUGUCGCUUAAUACAGAUUUACUAUGUUUUGAAGGUCAGUGUACAAUUGGAAAAAUCUGGAGAGGAUAUGCAAAUGCACUUUCCCUUGACUGUGGCAACGGUGCCAUUCAGGAUACCGAACUUGACGCAACAACCACAAAUUAAAUAUGAAAAUGCAAUGGAGCACGUAGAAGGAGGUUGCUAUAUCGGCCCGGAAUUUCUCUUGGGACAAGUUUAUGAUGGCACUGAACCCCUUGGGUCUCAAGCUCCAUUAGUUUUGUACAGGCCAGUGUAUGUUUGCAUUGCCAAUGAAAAGAAAACGCAGAGUCGUUAGAGUUCAAGUAUGUCUCCCGGAAAAGUAUGUUACAAUAAAUUAUUCUAUAAGAUUUUUGCAGCUUUCAUUUUUGUCCCAACAGGAUGGAAAUUAUGUAAAUCUAAUAAGUAUGUACUUGUGACUAUGUGUACUGUUGGAAUUUGAAAAAAUAUAUAUUUUAAGACCCAGAUAAUACCUUGCCAAAAAAGAAAUGACAGAAAUUUUUUCAUUUGGAAAAUUUUUGACAAAAUCGCAACAUGUAUUGUUACAUGUCUUGUAUAAUAAUUAGAGAGAUACCAAAACUAACGUAAAAAUAAACAUUUUCAAAAACAUUUUUCGAAAUUUCUUCUAAAUAUUUUUGUAAAAAAAUGACAGGC